GCAGGUUGCAAGGCUCGGAGCGCCCGAUCGCCUCUUUUCCUCGGGCUCGGCGCCUCUUUGACCCCGAUCCGCACCGGUCCGGCGGAGGGGAAUCUUCCACGCCCGGCUCUUUCCAAGUGGCCCGGGGAAAAUGGCGAGCCGGCCGGUGCCCGCUGCUGGGCUCCGGUGCCCGCUGGCUCUGCUGGUGGUGGUGGUGGCGGCGGCCCUGCCGGGGGCUUCGUGGGCUCAGCCGGUCUCCUUCCAGGCCGACGUGAACGGCUACAGCUUGCACCCGCCUUACUUCAACCUGGCCGAGGGCACCCAGAUCUCCGCCACCGCCACCUGCGGCGAGGAGGAAGCCGGCGGCCGGAGCCCCCCGCGCCCCGUGGAGGAUCUGUAUUGCAAACUCGUGGGAGGGCCGGUCUCCGGAGGGGAGCCCAACCAGACCAUCCAGGGACAGUAUUGUGACAUCUGUUCGUCAUCCAACAGCAACAAAGCCCAUCCCAUCACGAAUGCUAUCGACGGGACUGAACGCUGGUGGCAGAGCCCCCCUCUGUCUCGGAGGCUGGAGUUCAAUGAGGUCAACGUCACGUUAGAUUUGGGACAGCUGUUCCAUGUGGCCUAUGUACUGAUCAAGUUUGCAAAUUCUCCCCGUCCGGACUUGUGGGUGUUGGAGCGAUCAACAGAUUUUGGAGAGACGUAUGAUCCUUGGCAGUACUUUGCCU